AUGGCCCUGGGCUUAUUCUGCUCGCACUCGGGCCAUGAGUUUGGCAUUUUGCCUAGCUCCACGAGCCUAUAUGUGUAUUUCGGGAUGACGGUAGACAGCCAAUACAAUGCCCUGCUUUCCCUCUACACCACGGUCAUCUCGGAUAUGAAGCAUUCAUACGGCGCCUGGGAAACGGUGGGGCAACGAGCACAAAAGCUGUCAGCAGCCCUGAAAACAACCGCCACCGCCCUCCAAUCAUUCACCGACGCCGUACAGGCCGUGUCAGAUAUUGGGAAUAAUCUACGAGGGGCCAACCGUGAUGUUGCUGCUUGCGUCACCCGUGUGUGUAUGCGCGAACGAGCGAUGGAAGUUCGGCUGCGCGCGGCUGCAGAUGCUCUAUCGGAAGAUUUAGCCCCCACCCUCAAUCAAAGAACUACCUACUGGAAGGCCCGAACGAGCGAAUUGGAAAAAGCGAACGCCAAGCAGAUCAAGAAAGCUCGAACAAAAGGACACAAUGACGCGGCGUCGAUCUCUGCACACCGAGGAAUGUGUUCCCGAGCCUUGUCAGAGCAACGACACCAAUUCACGUUUUUCAUCCAGGCCCUGCUUCCGUUUUUCUCGACCGAGGUGAGCUGGAUCGAAGAAGCAACACACGUCGUCCCUGCGGUCGAGGGUCUCAUCAACCACAUACGCCAGGCCGACCCCACAAAAAUCGUCCAUGAUGUACUCUCCGAUCUUAUUGACGUGGGCGAGGAAAAGACGGCGCUUGUGCUCGACGAAUGCCAGCAAAAGCAAAAGAUCCACCGCGGAGGCAGUGAAGACCCGUCACCAACUUGGAGUGCGGCCAGCGAUGUCGCUUCCGGCUCGGCAGAGAGCAUCGACGGUCCGGCGCGAUUCUAUGCGGCGCCCAGCGAGUAUGGCAGCCAUCAACGGCCACUGACCCGGAAGUCCAGCCAUCAUUCUGUCCUCUCGAAGAAUAGCAGCAUGGGCGAGCCGCCAGUGGCCUUCCGGCAGAUCGGCGAGCUAGCCAAGCAACGACCGCAAUCAUUUGCCGGUGAUUUGCAGCAGACAAAUGGCACGCAUGCAGUGUGGCAACCCACGACAACCUCGAUAGCUGGCACCCCCUAUGCUGCAAAUGGCUUCAACGGACACUCUCAAGGAGGCUUCUACAACAACCCCACGACGCCCUCAUUUCCGGCAGAUACCGCAAAGCAAGGCUCCUCAACCUCAUCCGAUGCGGCGUCGAGCGCUCUCAUCGCCGAAACACUGCAACAAAUCGACCAGCUGGGCCACGAACUGGACACGCUGUGCUCCCAACACGACGCGCAGAUGAACGGCUCGACUCGACCACCCCCUCCCGCCCCACCUCUCCAAAUGCAACGGCCGACCCAUCUACCACCCCCCUCCGCCUACAACAACACCGUCCGCAUCCGGCAAAGCUAUGAUCGAUCGAGACCGCCACCUCCGGAACGCCGUGGCUCCCAACUGAGUACCGGCACACCGACAGCCUCCAUUGCCAGAUCUAGUAUCCUUGGAAGCCGCAACUCCCUCAACUCGUCGAUGACGAGUGCCUUCGACAGUUCUGCCACGGCCGGCGCCAACCCUCUCGGCCAUUCGAAGUACACCUUC